AUGAGAGACAUUCAAGAAAGUUACAUUUUAAAAACGGACGAAAUAGAGGGAAGAAAAAAAAAAUCUAAAAAUUAUAAUCCGGAGCAAGAUAAUAAUAACUGCAAUUGUUAUACUCCAGAACAAAUUAAAUUACAUCAUUAUCAUUGUCCGAUGGAAAAAAAAUUAUGUCCGAUUCAUCAUGGAGAAAAUAUAAAACGUAAAAUAUCAUCCGAAGUGGGUUCCCUAUGUCCCAAAACCCUUAAAGAGGGUUUGUUUAAUCCUUUUCAUUCGGUUGGAACCCCCCAAUGUUAUUCGACAUCAGAUUAUUAUUCAAAAACUCAUUUACUCAAAUACGAAUUAGUUAAAAACAAAGAAGUGCAAACGAAUAUAAGCGAUUUUAAAAAAUUAGAUUUAAAUAUCGAAUCGAGAAAUACAUUAAUUAAAUCGAGUAAAAAAACAAUUUCAAUUAAAUCCGAUAAAAUAAAAAAAUAUAAAAAAUGUUUUUAUUCGCCCUGUGAAUCUUUGGCUCGUGUUUCGAUAAAUAAAAAAUUAGGAAACGAUUUAGAAGAAAAAAUAUCGAUUAAAUCAAAAGAUACGUUAAGUUCUUAUAACGAUAAUUUAAAUCUAUCGAAUGAUGUUUGCGAUUUAAAAAGGAAAAAAAUCAAAGAUGUUAAUUAUAAUAAUAAUGAUUUUGAAUGUUAUUAUUACAACGAAGAUAAAUCAUAUUUACAAAAUAAAAUUGGAAUUAUUAAAACGACAGAAGAUGGAGGAGAUGGAGAAGAAGAAGAAGAAAAAGAAAAAGGAUUUGAUGAUGAUGAUGUUGAUUUACGUUGCAAUUAUCAUUUACAAAACGAAUUAAAAAAUUCCGAUAGUAAUUAUUGUCAACCAUUUUUUGUUUAUCCCUCUAGUUUAUUAGAAAUGGGUUUGAAAAAAUUAAGUCUUUCGAAAAAUAAAAAUUCCGACAAAAAUAAUUCGAUGGAAAAAACUAAAAAAACGAGUAAAAAAUCUGUAAGCGAAAAUUUCGAUAAUAAUAAUGAUGUCGUCGGCGAUAAUUCUAAAAAAUUUGAAAAUCGUGAAACGGAUAAUGAAAGUUUUCCAUCUGAUAGUAACGAAUCUGUUUUUUUCACGCCAUUUUUAUUGGUGCCCAAAGGUUCGGAUACGGAUAAAAAAGAAAAACACCCGGUGGAAAAAGAAGUUCAAACCAAUGAUGCUCAUCCUAAAAAAAGUACGUUGAGGAAAUUUUCAUCUGAAACGCAUCCAAAGUCAAUAACCUCGCGUGAUAAUCAAGAAUCUGUCAAAGAACUAUCAAAAGAUAUUGGUACCAAUACCAGUACUAAAUGUUUAGUGACACCACGAAUCGAAUCAAAAGGUGAACUUCGUACUCCGACCAGUUCAAAAACUGACAAUAUGCAAAAAAGAAGUAAACCCUGUUUCAAAGAUGCAAGCACUCAAUUUCCCAGUCACAAACUUUCCAUUUUACCAAUGGUAAGUUCGGAACAUUCAAAGAGUGAAAUAAAACCAACUUUAAGAAAAAUGCCUGUUGAAAAACCGACAAAAGAAAAGGAAGAGCCUGUUAAUUCGGUGAAAAAAUAUAAAAGUACAAUGGGAGUUCAAACGGAUUCUUCUCACAUUGCUUUCGAAAGUGAUAAAAAACAUAAGAAUACAAAAGCAGCACAAACGGAAUCAACUCAUACAGUAAAUAACAUUUUGGGAAAUGAUUCAAAACAUCAGGAUACAAAAGCAGCACAAACGAAUUUGCCGGAAAAUUUAGAAACUCCCAGAAGUGAAACAUCGAUUGAAGAAGAAACGACAAAUAUUAAAUAUCAAAAGAGAUCCCCUAUGGUACCUAUGGUACCGACGACGCAAAACACAGCACCGGAAACCCCACCAAAAACAUCAAUGAAAACGAUACAAACUGAUUUUUCUUACGUGGCAGGAGAAGGAGGAAGAGUACCUCACGGAUGUUAUUGCGAAGAAUUAACACAAACUGAAAAUAAUGAAACUUUAACAAUUUUCCCUCCUUCUCAUAAAAAUCGUAGAGCUCUAUUAAUGAAUAACGACGGUGAUACAAAUUCGGAAAAUCCAUUAUGUACGGAUUUGGAUAAAUCAUUUUCCGAAAGUCAGGUAUCCGAAUUAAAAAUGUUUGGUCAAGUUAAAGAGGGUAAAAAAAUUCUUCAGGUUGAUUUUGAAAGACAUCAGAAAACAAAUUGUACGAUAUCAACGAAUACAUCGAAAGCAAACGACAGCAAUUCUUUUGAUUCAAAUGAUGGUAAAUUACCGGAAACUCCCAUUCAAAUCACAUCAUUUUCAACGGAAAAAGCAAAUCCCUCUCCCGUUUCCGAUUUGAGUGAUUUAAUUAAAAUAAUCGAUCGGUGUUUUGAUAAAAUGACAGAAUUUAAAGAAGGUGGACGAUGUCAAUGUUUUGUCAAUUCGAACAGCGAAUUUUACGAAAAAACAAAUUUGGAAAAAAAUUCCCAACAAGUUAACAUACGGCAAAGCGUGCCGCUUAAUAAACAAUCAAAUACAUCCGAAGUACUCAUAUGUAAAAUAUGUUUAAAUAAAAUUAAAAUUUUCACCGAAGAUAAAAGCACGACCACCGAAAAUGAAAUGAAUGGCACAACCGCGAGAAAGGUACAAAAUAACACGGAUUCGAAAUCGUCCAUAUCGGGAGAACAGAAAAGGGUACGGGAUAGUUCGAUUCCGGUUCCGCGAAAACCACCCCCAGUUUCCGAUUUGAGUUCAUCAUCGGGUUCGAGAUUGCCCCCAAAUUUAAAAAAAUCACCGGAAAAUUUAACCGGGGAUAAAAAUUCUGUGGCAUUUAAUGAAGGAACGAAAAAAAAUUCCAAUCAGGGAUUCGAAAAGAAACCUAAUUCAAAACCAUCUUCCAGGAGUCACUCUCAAACAAAUUCUAAUACCUCAAAGAACACCGGAAAUGAUUCAAACGAUAAACAAAUCCCUUCGACAUCGAAAUCAAACGUUGAACAACAGCGAAAACCUCCGAGAUCCAGUAAAUCCCACAGCAAUUCAUUUACUUAUUCCGUUAUCGUAUCACCCAUGUGGCCCAAACAAAUGUUACAUAAUUUACAAGAAAAAGCGAUAAAACAUUUGUGUAAAAAAAAACAAGGGAAAAAAUAUAAAACGUUAUCGAACGAAGAUGGUGGUAGUAGAACAACAACAACAACAAGAAGGCAUCGUUUAAAAGAAAAUUUAUUAAACGAUGAUGAAAUAAAUGAAAAUUCAUGUUUUAUUUUACGUCCGACAAAAUCCGAAUGUUGGUCUCAUAAUUACGUUGAAGAAAAUGUCGAAUAUGACGAAUGCGUUAAUACAAACACGACGACGACGAGUUGUAGUAGUAAAAAUCGUAAAAUAAAAAGUGCAAAUUUUUUUUGGAUCCCUGCUUUUUCGACAAAUGAUUCAUUGAAUAACGCCGCCGCCGCCGCCGCCAUAUGUCAAAAUGAACCUUUAAAACAUAGAGAAAAACAUAAGGAAAAAACCGGAAGUAGAGAAAAAAAACAACAUGGAGGAUUCAAUAAUGAAACAUGUUAUGGGGAUCACGUGGAUUCAGAUAGCGUACAUUCAUCGUAUGUUUUCGAAGAGGAUAAAUUAUAUACAAAAUCAUGUGCAAGCAUAAUACAAGAUAUAUUAACGUAUUUUCAUGAAAAAACCAAUAAUUCUAGACCGUUGGAAAAUAUUAAUGAAAAAGAUGGCGAUGAAGUGACAGGAGAACAAACUGAUUUUACACAAUCGAAUGAUGAUGAUGAUGAUACUUCUGAAAAUGAAUCGUGA